UUUCGUUUUCACGCGCAUCCAUCUCCAUUGCUCUUCAAAGUUGGAACUUCGCCGCACAGGAAGCGGCCCAAUCGGAAAAGCAGUAGAUUUGGCCAUGGAGGGAUGGGAUCCGAGCACCAAGUCAUCCCUCACGCAGCUCCCUCUGCUCUCUACCCGGGCCGGACCCCGCGAUGGCGCGGCCUGGACUCAGCGCUUGAAGGAGGAGUACCGUGCCCUAAUUGCGUACACUGCGAUGAACAAAUCCAACGACAAUGAUUGGUUCCGGAUCUCCGCCGACAACCCCGAGGGCACCCGAUGGACGGGAUUCUGUUGGUACGUCCACAAUCUCCGACGCUACGAGUUCCGUCUCCAAUUCGACAUCCCUGUCACCUAUCCCGCUACAGCCCCUGAGAUCGAGCUCCCCGAACUCGAUGGAAAGACACAUAAGAUGUAUAGGGGAGGGAAGAUCUGCCUGACAGUACAUUUCAAGCCCCUUUGGGCCAAGAAUUGUCCGCGAUUUGGCAUCGCUCAUGCUUUGUGUUUGGGUCUUGCACCGUGGUUGGCAGCGGAGGUGCCAAUUCUGGUUGAUUCAGGCAUUGUGAAGCAUAAGGAUGAUGAAGCUCCAUCAGCAGAAUCCAGAGUAUAGUGUUGUGUCUAUUACUUGACAGGGAAAUAAAAGUGAUCAACAAAUGUUGUUUGAUUUGUGCUUCUUAACUGUUUUUAAGGAAAUAGAUUAUAAUAGUUAAAAUGCUUACACUUUGAACUUCAGUUGAGCAUGGUUAAGCUGAGGUGGUAUUUAUUGAAAUCCUUGUUG